UUCCACUGUCAUUCGGUUUGCAUCUGCCCUUGCGACUAGCUUUUCAAGUCUCCUGCACUAAGCUGGCUAUUGCAUCUAGGCUUUCGAGGCGUGCCUGAUUCACCGGCAUUGCUCUACAGGCGUCGGCAGCCUGGUGAGCCUCGUCUUAUCGGACUUUGAAGACGACAUACCUUACCUCGAACGCCAGUCAUAGCGCAAUAUACUCAUAUAGAAUGCCUCCGAAACGCAAGGCGACUGAGAGCGGCCGGUCAAGGCCGUCGAAACGUCAGACGCCUAUCGCGGAUGGUCAGGAUAUCGACAGCGAUGAUGAUUACUCCGACUAUGAAGAGGAUGUCAGGGAGGACAACUUGAAAAAUGUCGUCAGCAAGUUCGAUCUCGAGUCGUUUAGCACCAAGAAAGGCCAACCGCACGAAGACCCGAAUUUUGGAUACAAAGAUUUUUCGUCGCUUUCCCUGAAACCGGACCAUGCGAACCGUCCCCUUUGGAUCGAUCCUUUGAAGGGUACCAUUACCCUGGAGAGUUUCUCUCCGUUAGCACCCCAGGCGCAAGACUUUUUGACGACCAUCUCCGAACCGUUAUCACGACCGACCCAUCUCCACGAAUAUCGUCUGACCGGUAACAGUUUGUAUGCGGCGGUAUCCGUUGGUCUGCAGCCGACCGAUAUUAUCAACUUUUUGGAUCGACUUUCGAAGACGCCGCUCCCGGAUACGAUCAAAUCGUUUAUUAUCGAUUUCACAAAGUCUUACGGAAAGAUUAAAGUGGUUUUGAAACAUAACCGUUUCUUCGUGGAAAGUACGGACCCGGCGAUGCUACAAAUGCUGCUACAGGAUGAGGUUAUUGGACCGCAGAGAUUACAAGGGACGGAGGGAAUCAUUCAGCAGGCGGCUCCGAAAAUGGGUGGCCUUGUGAUUCCCGGUACGAAGGAUGCCGCAGGUGUACAGCAGACGCAGCAGGAGAAGCCGGCGGAAGGCAAUGGAGCGGCACCUACGGGUCGUCAAGAGGACGACCUCCUUCUCGCCAUUCGCGAUGACGAUGAUGAUGAAGAGCAGGCCCAGGUCCAUAGUUUUGAGAUUCCUAAUGAAGCGGUGGAACCGGUCAAAGCGCGUUGUCAGGCCAUGGGGUGUCCCGCGUUGGAGGAAUAUGAUUUCCGAAAUGAUGAGAUCAACCCCAACCUCGAUAUCGACUUGAAACCCAACGCACGGAUCCGAAACUACCAGGAGAAGAGCUUGAGUAAGAUGUUCGGUAAUGGUCGUGCUAAGAGUGGUAUUAUUGUGUUGCCGUGCGGUGCUGGCAAAACGCUGGUGGGAAUUACGGCUGGUUGCACUAUUAAGAAAGGAACUAUCAUUCUCUGUACCAGUUCCAUGUCCGUGGUGCAAUGGAGAAACGAAUUUUUGCGCUGGUCGAACAUUGACCCCGGUGACAUUGCCGUGUUCACAUCUGACAACAAAGAGAAAUUCCGUCGGUCUACCGGCAUUAUUGUUUCGACAUACUCAAUGGUGUCUCAGACCCGGGCUCGGUCGUAUGAUGCACAGAAAAUGAUGGACUGGAUCCAGUCGCGGGAAUGGGGUCUCAUGAUUCUUGACGAGGUCCACGUCGUGCCAGCAUCCAUGUUCCGAAAGGUCACGUCGGCCAUUGCGACGCAGAGCAAACUUGGUUUGACUGCCACGUUGCUGCGUGAAGAUGACAAGAUCAAAGAUUUGAACUUCUUGAUUGGGCCGAAGCUGUAUGAAGCCAACUGGAUGGAACUUGCAGAGCAAGGGCAUAUUGCCAAGGUCCAGUGUGCCGAGGUGUGGUGCCCUAUGACAACGGAGUUUUACUCUGAGUACAUGCGGGAGAAGUCCCGAAAGGCUGCCUUACUGUACAUUAUGAACCCUCGCAAGUUCCAGGCGUGCCAGUUCUUGAUUGACUACCACGAAAAGCGCGGAGACAAGGUGAUUGUAUUCUCAGACAACGUCUACGCCUUGGAGCGGUAUGCGCUCAAGUUAAACAAGGCCUAUAUUUACGGUGGUACACCGCAGAACGAGCGUCUGCGGAUUCUGGAGAACUUCCAGCAUAACGAACAGGUCAACACCAUCUUCCUGUCCAAGAUUGGAGAUACGUCUCUGGAUCUACCGGAAGCUACCUGCUUGAUUCAGAUUUCCUCUCACUAUGGUUCGCGUCGUCAGGAGGCCCAACGCCUUGGACGUAUCCUACGAGCCAAGCGUCGUAACGACGAAGGCUUCAACGCAUUCUUCUACUCCCUUGUCUCCAAGGACACGGACGAGAUGUUCUACUCGUCCAAGCGACAGGCCUUCCUGGUCGACCAAGGCUACGCCUUCAAGGUCAUCACUCACCUCCAGGGCAUUGAGAACCUGAACGGACUCGCUUAUGCCACGCCCGCAGAACGCCGCGAGCUAUUACAAGAAGUCAUGCUGCAGAACGAAUCAUCCGCGGAAGUCGAAAAUGUGACGGACGACCUUUUCGCCGCGCGCUCGGGCGGAGCCAAGGGUGCCGCGAAGAAGGGCGUCAAGCGCAGCGCAGCAACGCUCAGUGGAUUGGCUGGUGGAGAAGACAUGGCGUAUAUUGAAUACAACAAGAGUCGCAACAAGCAACUCAAGGACAAGACGAGUCAUCCGCUGUUCCGAAAGUGGGAGCGGGAACGCCAGAAGAGAAAACAAGGCAUGGCCGAUAUGAAUCGUUAAUCGUUUAUUUUUCUUUUUGGUCAACUACCAGGCUAUUGUAAUUUUCUGCAUGUUUUAUACUCAAUUGCAUUCGGAGUCUAGAGGUCGGGGGUUCAAACACACAAGGGAACAUAAGAAGCAUUGCCUUUUUUUUUUUUUUUUGAAAAUUAC